AUGAGACGACAGCGCUAUCUGAGGGCAUCCUCAGCGCAAUCAUUAUGCAUCUUCUGUGCAUGUCGUCUAGCUGGAGACCUCCCACCAGCAUUGUCAACUCUCCCUCGUCGAUCAUUGCACACUGGAAGAACAGAUAAACAGCAGGCUGAGGCUGUUGCUUCUCCCUUUGUUGAUUCAGCAAGCCAACCAGCUCGUCAGCAGUCCACCGGCUUCGACCCCAAUUCAUCGCUCUCGCGCUCAGAGCAAGAAGAACGCAAUCGACUUCGCCAAGCACGUGAGCAGCGACGGAGGGGGGAAGAAGACCGGGUACGAGCAAUCCAGCAGGCGCAGCGUGUGCGACAGGACCAGCAGCGAGCACAGCAACAAUGGCAGGAAGCGAAGACGCGAGAGGCCACGGCACAAGAAGAACGCGAGGCCCAGGAGCGGGUUCGAGCGCGAUGGAAGCAGAAUGAAGGCCGGGACAGUCAAUCUGUAUCAAGGACGCAACCGCGGCGUACAGACUCUUCACGAGGUGCCAACUCUGGUCACAAGACGCUCAGUUUCAGUGUUACGGGACAGCCGUCAGAUCAAACUUCCCCUACGCCUGCACUGGCUCCGGAGAGCAAAGAGGCUCGUCGAGCGAGACUUGGCCAGCAAGGGAGGUCGAAUGGGAACCCACAGAGACAGGAUCAGAAUAGGUCCGCGCAACAUGGCGGGAACAGCGAGCAUGCUCAACCCGCCUCUCGAUUCGCCAAGCAGGGCGUGCGAGUGUUGAAAAUCGAAUCGCCGACGACCCAACCGACCCCUCAAGCAAAGCAGAGUAAGCAGCCACGAUUAGACAAUCCAUUCGCUUCUGCUACUGCUGCGCCGCCUGGUAAGAUGGAUAUGCCCACUUUUGGUUCUGCAUCAGGUUCACAGGCGGUUAAGUCUCGUCCUGCAGACGCUGGGUGGGGUUCUGGCCCUGUCAAACGAGCGCUCAUACAGUAUUCGGAAACCAGACCGGCAGACUUCAAUGAUGACCCUGCUGCUUCGACUCCUUCCGAACCCGCUACGAUUCAACAGCCCAACGCGGCUGCAGCGAACUCAAGCUGGCCCCAGCAUGAAAGAGAAUUCGAUUCUACCAAAACUACUGCCAACACUCUUGUGCCUACCAACGAGGCUCAAGGAUCCCGAUUUAGCAGGUCGAAUUCUCGGAGUCAGGCUGGCAGCCACCAAAGUGAUGCGCAUGAUUCCAUAUCUCUCGGGAAGCAGCAACAUGGUCACCAAACAUCAAUGAGGCCAGAGGACUCAUCUCACUCGAGCUUAAGAGGUGUGGAGGAAGAUGCUGGGCUGCCUCGACGACCAGCUUCUCAAUCAAGGCCGAACAACGUUCCUGAUUUCGUUGCUACACUUCAGCAAGCCGAGCAGCGGAAGGCACCACGCCAGAGCAACGGCCAGUGGCCUGCUUUCGAGGCCGUGCCGGAGAGUAGACGCUCUCGAUCACGAAGCGUGAAUGAUCGACCGGACGCUGGGGUAGCGUCUUAUAAUGAUUACAGGCGAGAUCAUCGAGGAGAUGUUCAACAGCAGUACACACCGGAUGCUCAGUAUCAGCAGCAACAUGAUAAUGGACCGACCAUGCGAUUCGAGCCGCAACGACGCUACGAGGCCGGUCGUGAUAGCCCGUUCAGUGAACCAGCACAACACCGAGCAGGUCCGGGUCGACAUGUUUUCUCAGAUACUUACACAGGCUACCGAGCCACAAUGCUCGAUACAGAAGACCACCAGCCAGCAGAGCCGAGCUUUGACGAAGCGCAAGCUGCAAGUUGGCAACAUCUUCGAAGACGAGACUCAGUGCCACCACAAGCGGCGCCUGCUCCGUUCUCACAGCAGCAAUCUGGACAUCCUCAGCAAGAGCAGCAGCCUCUAGACGGCGACUGGAUCGAUCGCUCCUUCCGCCAGCAUCAACAACAGCGCAGCCGCAGCCUGCCAGCCUAUCUUGACAACCAGAAGACACGCGAGGCUACGCGAAAUGGUCAGUCACCAUUCGAAGCUCGCGGUGCGGCACGGUUGGCACAGACGAAGUGUGCAAGGUGUCAGCAGCUUGGGCAUGUUGCUAGAGACUGUCCGACUCUCAAGGAUAGAGUAUGCUAUAGGUGUGGACAGGCUGGACAUAUGGCUGGCCAGUGUCCAAACCCUUCUACGCGUGGCAAUGGCCCGUUUCAGGGUGUGAGAAAGAUGGAUGUGGGCGGUGGAGGUGUAAGAGACUAUGAACCUGCCGUGGGGCGAUCAGAUGGCGCCGAUCGACCGCGGCAGGACAAUCGCGUUUCUGCACUAGAAAGCAGUCUGCGAGAUACUGGGAGAAGGACCGAACCGCGACGUGAUACUAAGAAUGAUGAUGAUGUCCGACAGGAGCUUCUCGGGCGUCGACGUGCGAUACCUGCAGAGGUGGAGGAAGAGCCAGAAGAACGGGUUCUGCGCUCCCGCAAAUUCGCCGAGAAGGAAGAGCCGGUAAAGAAGCGCGGAGGUCGGCGCCGCGAUGAAGACGAGGACGAAGAUGCAGGUGGUGCCGAACGUGAUGAGCGUAAUGCUCGUAAAGCAGCGCGUAAAGCCCAGAAGGCACAAGACAAGGUCGAGAAAGCCGAGGAGCGCAAAGCUCGACGUACUGAGCAAGGACCACCGGUCAACCUACCCGAAUUCGUGAGUGUAGCUACGCUUGCGCAGCAGCUGGGUGUCAGGUAUGAAUCCUUCGUCAGUCGAGUCGAAAGACUAGGGUACGAUGACGUCUUCCCCGGCAAGAUCCUCAACGCUGAAACGAGCGGGAUGAUCGCUAUGGAAUAUGGUUUCGAACCCGUCUUCGGCGGUGGUGAAGCGGAAGAAGUAGAGCGAGAUCUACGCGCUCGCCCGGAGCCUGAGGAGGAGGACAGGGAUUUCCUGCCUACCCGUCCGCCUGUUGUGACUAUCAUGGGCCACGUCGAUCAUGGUAAAACCACUCUCCUGGACUUCCUACGUAAGACAAGGGUGGUAGAUGGUGAGGCGGGCGGGAUCACGCAACACAUUGGUGCUUUCAGCGUUGAGGUUGCGGAGAAAGGUGGGAAGACGGUGACUUUCUUGGAUACGCCUGGUCAUGCUGCUUUCUUGGCUAUGAGGCAGCGUGGAGCUAAUGUCACGGAUAUUGUGAUUUUGGUUGUGGCGGCCGACGAUGGCGUGAAGCCGCAGACGAUUGAGGCUAUUCGGUGUGCUAAGACGGCUGGGGUGCCGAUUCUCGUGGCUGUCAAUAAGAUUGACAAGGAAGGUGCUGAUGUUGAGAGGGUGAAGGGGGAUCUGGCGCGGCAUGGGGUUGUGGUUGAGGACUUUGGAGGUGAUGUGGUUGCUGUGCCGGUUUCGGGCAAGACUGGGGAGGGUGUAAGUGAGCUUGUUGAGGCUGUCGUCGUAUCGGCUGAGAUUCUGGACAAGAGGGCUGAGAUUGAUGGGAUGGUUGAGGGGUGGGUGCUUGAGGGCACUACACGCAAAGCUGGUCGUAUGGCGACUGUUCUCGUCAAGCGAGGAACGCUCAGACCUGGGUCGAUCAUUGUGGCCGGUAAGACGUGGAGUAGAGUCAGGUCACUAAAAGAUCAAUCUGGCAAGGUAGUGCCAGAAAUUGGUCCGGGUAUGCCUGUCGAGGUUGAUGGAUGGAGAGACCAGCCGGUGGCUGGCGAUGAGGUAUUGCAAGCGGAGACGGAGCAGAAGGCUACUGAUGUCGUCGAGUAUCGACGUGAGAAGGAGGAGCAGAAGAAAACAGCUGCUGAUACCGAAGCCAUCAACGAGGCGAGACGACUCGAGCAGGAGCGGGUGAGGAAGGAGAAGGCGGCGGAAGCUGCAAAGAGGUUUGGGACCGAAGCCGAUUACUUCGAGUCUGCUGCUAAAUUGGAGUCAACUGCGCAGAACAACGCCGAGACGACUUCUGGACAUAUGACCGUUCCGUUCAUCAUCAAAGCCGACGUUUCUGGCUCUGCAGAAGCAGUGUCGGAAUACGUCCUUUCGAUCUCCUCGCCACUGAUCACGCCGCAGAUCCUGCAGUCAACCGUCGGAGCAAUCAAUCAAUCCGACGUCGACCUCGCAUCCGCCGCCCAAGGCCACAUCAUCGCUUUCAACCUUCCACCAGACGAAGGCAUGAAAGGUGUUGCUGAGCGUGUAGGUGUGAAAGUUCUGGAGAACAAUGUCAUCUACCGCGUGCUGGAUGAUGUGAAGUUGGUGCUUGAGGAGAAACUACCACCUAUUAUCAGCACGAGGGUCAUGGGUGAGGCGGAGGUCGGUGUAUCGUUCGAGAUUAGUGUAGGUGGGAGGAAGAAGAUGAAGAUUGCUGGGUGUAAGGUUAGGAAUGGUGUUAUCGGGAAGGGCAGCAGGGCCAAGGUCACGAGGGGGGGUGUGAAGGUUUAUGAUGGUAUCAUCUCUUCCCUCAAGAACGUCAAGAAGGAUGUUCAGGAGAUGCGGAAGGGCAGCGAAUGUGGUAUGGGCUUUGAUGACUGGGAGGGUUUCGAGGUCGGUGACCAGGUGCAGACCUAUGAGGAGAUCAGUGAGAAGAGGAGGCUAUGA